AGGAACUUUGCUUGGAACAAAUCAAACGAUAAAUACGCAAUGUUUACACAAGAUUUUUUUUAUCAAGACAAUUCUUUCAACAUAAUGAGAUCUCUGGAAACAGAAUACGAGCAUGGUGUUUCAGAACUUGGCUUCAGCACCAAUAUUACAUUAACUGACUUGACAGCAAGGAAGGAUUUCUGGAAGCUUUGUAAUUCAGAUGGACAAGAGGAAAAGAAAAGAUUUGAGAGGAUCAGAGAAAAAAGGGAAAACAUUAUUCAAGAGAAAAGAGAAAAACGACACGAGAGAUGGCAGGAAGGUCACAAAAUGCCAUUCAUUAGGAAUUAUAAUGAAUCUGGUUCACAUAUCACUGGCAAUGUAAGUAAAACCAUAGGAAAGACGAUGGACUUGAAACUAUCAUCAAURCCAGGAAUAAUUCUAAAUCCGAUCGAUAAAGCCAAAAAUGAGACAGCAUUAGAAAAUAUUUUGGUUUCAAAGAUGAGGAGAGUUUGUAUGUUUUCCGAAGACGAUGCGGAUAAUAAGAAAGAGGAUUCUUUCUUCGCGAGUUGGAAUAACAAAGGUAGACAACGAAUGUUGGAAAAACGGGAAAAAGAAAAAAUGGGAGUCGAGAAGAAAUCAAGGCUAAUUUUCUUGAAGAACGGGGAAAAAAUGGAACAGGAAGAUGUCAGCAAUGGAAGAGAAAAAGUGCCUUUGUUUGGCAACAGUCAAGCAAGCAUCCUUUCCUCUGAGAAUUUAAAUAAAUGUGGUGAAAACAUCAGUGAAAACUCUGAGAAAAAUAAACUUCACAAAUGGAACCAAGUUUGGGAGCGAAAAUGGAAAUCGUCAGAAUAUUUGCCCAAGAUGGCGAUGCGUUGCCAGGCAACUUCAAGCAGCGUUGAUGGUGCGUGUUCUAAAACUUCUAAAAAUGUAAGGAAAUGCCCAGACCUUGGAGGGGUUUUGGUUUGUAAGAGAGUAAGCGGUGAUUUAGAAAAUAGAAGUGAGUCAGUGAAUAAAAUCAUCGAGGGCUUGUUUUCGAUGGAUAAGGAAAAGCAACGGUUCGCACAGAACGCAAAUUCUGAAACAAUACCAAAUAGGGUUAAAAUAGAAACGGUGCAAGACACUGGACACCCGAAAAAGGGACCAGAAGAUUGCUCAAACCAUGUUCGUGAAGUACCAAAUCCUCGCCCUAGGGACAGAAAAUUAACGCAUAAGAAAAUAAAACAUAUCAAGUUGAGAUUGACUUCACGUGAACAAGGAAAGAGACCGCUUGUGACGUCACAACAGGAACGAGUGACCAAGAAUGAGGAUUUGCCUGAACAUACGACAAGUGAGCCAUCCUUGAGUUUGGUUUGCUUAAAGAAGCUAUUUCCAAACGCAAAGCUGGAGUUGUACUGA